GGCACAGUGCACCGGAAGCGGAAACACGUCCCGCCGCCAACUCCGCCCCUCCCUGCUGUAGCGCCAAGUUCGGUUCCUGGUGUAGCGGCGCUCGGACGAGGAUGGUUCAGAUUGUGGUGUCCAGGGAGGCCCAGGGGCAGCCUGCCGAAUGGUUACUUAUGGAGCUGCAAGGAGAGAUAGAAGCCCGAAAACAGGAAGGACUGGCCAGGAAGGUGAUGGGCGAUCUACAUUACACCAAGGAGGGGGUCCCUCUUCUCAUCAUUGGACAUCACAUCUUAUACGGUAAAGUGGCACGUCUGGAGAAGCCAUUUGCUGUCCUUGUGAAGAGUAACAGUCUAUCCUCAGAAGGCACCAUGGACAGCGGAAAUGUGACAGAAACAAAGUACAAUGUAACAGCACUUAUUAAGAGGAAGAUCAUUUUUAAAACCCGACCGAAACCCAUCAUCACCAAUGUGCCCAAGAAGGUGUGAGGGGCAGGAGACAGUCCUUGUGUGGUAGUAUGUUGGACUUUCAUGGAGCAGCACUUGAUCUGGAACAACCUUUCCUUGGUUGGGACCAUAAAUUGCCAUAUGCUGUGAUACUAUGAAACCCUAAAGAAGGCAAGACCCUGUAUCUGGACUUCUCUACUAGCUCUGUCAGUAUAAUGUAGUAUACUUGUGCAGGUCCCAUAUUUAAUGUAAUGUCUUCAGCAGUAGGGCUUUAUCAGAAGGGUCUGAUUUCCCAACUUAAGUCAGAGUUUCAGGAGGAAGGGUUCUCAAGAAGUUAUCUAACUCCGCAGUCGCCUCUUGUAAGGCCAUGCAUGCAUUGGCACCAUGCAGUUUGUUAAUAGUACACCUGUUAGGACUCAUUCACACUACAGAAUCUUCACCUGGUGGAGAUUUAUCAAAACCUGUCCAGAGGAAAAGUUGCUGAGUUGCCCAUAGCAACCAAUCAGGUUGCUUCUUUCAUUUAUGAAAAGGUCUGUGGAAAAUGAAAGUAGUAAUCUGGUUGCUAUGGGCAACUGGACAAUUUUUCCUCUGCUCAGGUUUUGAUACAUUUCCUGAUGUGUAUACAGUUUUCAUAUAUAUAUAUUUGUUUAAAAAAAAAAUUCUCCUCACUUGCUUUAGAGACUGGUUUCCUGGUUCUAUGGGCCCACUGUAUGGGAGGUUAAAUGGUCACUAGUGUAUCAAACAACUUCCCUCCAUGUGAUAGCCUGCGUGAUCUAUAACACGUGUGAAUGUAAAUCUGAAUGUUUGUUUACCUAAAAAGACUUCUUAUCACAGAAAAAGCACACAGGUUUUGUCCACUAGGUGUCUUCCUUCUCUAAAAACCUUUGACUAAUGCCUGCUCGGGAAAUUCAGUCCCUAGAAGCAUGGAGACCAAGACAGAACACAGGAAGUGGGUCUGAGGCUUUUCUAGUGCUAUGCAGGGAAGAGAGAAAGACAGAGACUGUUUGCAUGUAAAUCUGAACCUGUCUGCCUCCUCCAGGGAGUCCAUGCUGUGCAUGAAAGGUAAAUCAAGGCUUCUCAUCAAGUUCUUCGCAGCUGUCUAUUGUUUGAAUAUGUGUGUUUUUUCCUUUGCACAGUGCUGGCUCCCAAAUGUAAUCCCCCUUUUAGUCGUAAUUUUUAUCAGCAGUUCACUGCUUAGACCAUGGCUACUUUUAUGUAACCCUUUCCCUGAUUGCUGCUCUUUUUCUGUUCUGCUCACCUAGCACCUUGCAAACCCAGUGUAUAAACCCAGUCAAUAACCCUCUUCCCACGUGCCAAGGCAGGCUCAAUCAAAUGCAGAUCCAGGGGGCAGCAAUGGAUGAAGUAGUAAGCCCUCCGGCUACCUUGCUC